GUAAAUAAAAUAUAAUGAACUUGCGAACGUGCGAGUGCUUUGAAAAACAAACAAGGUGGUACGGCUGCAGCUAAGGUAUACGCGGAGCUCCGCCUUGUCAUGUCUGGUUUUCAGUGCUGGUAACCCUCAAGGUUCAAGAAAUAUGAUUGGUCAGUCUAUUUCUUCUCUGUAUGGAGGCUCAAAUAGGAGAGAGAGGGAUGUUGUUACCCCUCACAGCAUAUCAAUCUUGCUGUUUAUUGAAAAAUACACAAGAUUGAGGCCUAAAUACUGGGACAAUAGGCCCACAGAUAACAAUACAUCACAUCCUGAAGUCACACCUCAGGAACGUAAAGCGACUUGCCUUAUGACUGUGAGAUUGGUUCAGGGUGGGGAUAUGGUGUUGUCCGAGUUGCUACAUGUGUUAGAGUCUGCAGCUCUUCUUCCGCAUCACAUCACUUCAUUCAUGACUGCGUUGCAUCAGAUGUAUUGCAGUGGAAUUGACAGUCUGCUUAAUCUUUUUGAUUCUGUGGAAAAGUUUGCAGUCCAAGACCAAACACGUACAGAAACAUUUCCUUGUCUCUGGACUAGUGUAGUUGGUCUUUAUUUACGCCGCCUGAACCUGUCAUUCAGACGCCUUGGCUUCUCUCAGGUAACUUCCCUCUACCAGAGGUUCAGACACUACUAUGAGGAAUGUUAUGCCUCCCACACCAGCCACUUGCAGCAACACACAGAUAUUCAGAUGGCUGCAGAAGAAUCUAAUACUGCUGAAGACACUGAUUCUGAUGCCAAGAUGGAGGAUAUGAUGGAUGAGCCCAGGGAAGAUGAUAGUGGAGCUGAUCUUACAUUAUGUAGUGCUGAAGUUAUGGCCAUCAACUCAACAGAUGCUGGAGAGUCAAGUGUUCAGCCUCCAUUACUACACCCCCAAGCUUUUCAAAGGAAUAUGGACUCUUCGUGCUCUCAAGUAGGACACAGUACCAGACAGCAGGCAGAAUUAUUCAUCAGUCAACAAACGUCAUUGCUACAGUUCACCGAGACUGCAGCUCUAUCUCCACCAGAUUUGCAAGAAAAGAUCAGACAGCUGGUGAAACAAAAUCCAGACCUUGCUGAAGCUCAUUACCUCAGUUAUUUAAACUGUAUCCGUGUAAAGGAAUUUUCUGGAGCUGUGCAUAGCCUCUUGCGUACCUAUGACGGUCACCUAAUACCACGAGAUUCUACCAGGAUGGAAGACCAAGGCAGAGGGUUUAGAUAUGCUGCAUUAAAUCUUGCUGCUCUUCAUGCACAGUUUGGACACAAGAAGGCUGGUCUUACAGUGCUUAAGGAGGCCAUCAGUCUGGCUCAGGAGAGUAGUGAUCAUGUUUGCUUGCAACAUGCUUUAGCCUGGCUAUACACUUUGUCUCCUACUCAUAAGGCUCAGUUGAUGAGACGCUCUAUGGUUAAAAGCAGUGAGCUCUCACUAAGCUAUCUUCGUUCGUUAGGUCGCCUCAAUCAUGCAGCUCAACUUGCUCACACUAGAGCAACACCUGCAUACCUUUUACAGAGUAUAGUAAGAGCAGAGGCACUGAACUGUCAGCACAGCUUAGUUUCACUACAACAUGGAGCAUGGGCACUACGUGCAGCACUCUGGGCCAAUUGGGGAGUGUCCACAAUGACUGCCUUAGCUUCACAGUUACUACUCCACCUAAACACUCACCAUCCUACAAAUCCAACAAUGUUCUACUCUGCACAACCGACAUGCGCUGCUGUAUGCAAUAUUGCUAUCGGCCUUGCAAAUUUGGGAGAAUACCAGUUGGCUGGUGAUGUGUUACAACAUGCUCAGGAAAGAUUCCCUGCUUAUGGACAGCAUUCUCACACUUGGAUGUUUGCUCAUAACCACAUUACACUCAAUGACCUUCUCCAUCAAGGACGCUGGACAGAGGCUCAAAUUGUCAUCACAAACAUGGCCACAUCACAUCCAACUGAGGCUAAAUUAAGGCAGUGUGAACUUUUAGUGGCCAAGGGUGAGCUGACAGGGGCAUGGGAGCUUCUUGGUGCCUUGCAAAAAGACCCGGAAAUUGUAGGGGAGUUGCGAGUGAGACUCCUGCUGGUAGAGAGUUGUGCAGCUGUUGCAGGCGGAGGGAAUGCUGUUGCUAUACCUUUACUGGUAGAAGCUCUCACUACUGCACAUGAUCACCAUCUAACCUAUUUGGCAGCACUCACACAUCUACACACAGCUAAUGUACAGCUUCAAUUGGGUCUUCAAAGUGAGGCCGAGGUGAGCAUUGGCGCAGGUCUUGGAGUGAUCCUGGCGGGUGGCUCGGUAUAUGACCAAGCUCGAGCUAGACUGGUGGCUGCUAAGCUUCAGGUUAGUAAAGCAAAAGGGAAGGAUCGGAUAAGGAAGCUUUUAGAAACCGCAGUUUCUCUCGAGUUGGUGCGUAAACUAUUUAUGAAAGUGAGAGCCUACCACAAAGUGAGGGAAACACACUAUUUUAAGGCGCGACUAUACCACGAGGUUGGCUACAUAGAGGAACGGAAUAAAUGUGCACUCGAAUUUCGUCAGUUUGAGCUGCAGCACCCCUGCCAGUCAUACCAGCUGUCUAUUAACUCUUUUUGAAAUUCUGACAUUAUUACACUAUUAUAUUUAGCAAAUACAUUUGUUUUGUAAUAGCAUACAGUA